GCCCGCCCGAGGGCCCCUUGUGCGCCUGCGCGUCCGCGCUCCCGCCCUCUCGCUGCGCUCGGCCGAGUCAGUCUGUCCGAGUCUGUCCUCGGAGCAAGAGGAGCGAAGGGGCUUCGUAGAGCCGGCUGCCGGGUUAUUUUCUCUCCCCUCCCUCUCUCCCGCCCCACAUCUCUCGUCACCCCUCUCCCGCCCUUGCUCGCGCUGCCAUGGAGCCGUCGGCGGCCACUCAAUCUCCGUCCGUCUCCUCGUCGUCCUCCGGGGCCGAGCCCUCCGCUCCCGGCGGCGGGAGCCCGGGAGCCUGCCCCGCCCUGGGGGCGAAAAGCUGCGGCUCCUCCUGCGCUGAUUCCUUUGUUUCUUCCUCUUCCUCUCAGCCUGUAUCUCUAUUUUCGACCUCACAAGAGGGAUUGAGCUCUCUUUGCUCUGAUGGGCCACGCUCAGAAAUUAUGACUUCUUCCUUUUUCCCAUCUUCUGAAAUACAUAACACUGACCUUACAAUACUACAUGGAGAAAAAAGCAAAGUAUUAGGCAGUCAACCUAUUUUAGCCAAAGAAGAAGACUGCUUGGCUUCUCUAGAUGUGAAAGAGAUGGAAAAGCCUGAGGGAACCAAUAAAGAUGUAGUGGACUCCCCCUCAGUUCCUGUUACAGAAGUUGUUCACUGUAACCGUCCCUCCAUUCCAGCCAGUUUCCCAGAUCAUCCUGCUUUUCUGUCAGAGGAAGUUGAUCAAAUAGAACAGCAAAUAAAUAAAGAUGAAGAGUCCAAGAACCCAAACGAGGUACCAAGUGGGGAUAGUAAAAGUGGCUCAGGUGUUGAUGACAAGUUCACUUUGCUAACAGCCCAGAAACCGCACCCUGAGCCGUCUAAGGCAGAAGGCAUUUGUACAUAUUCCAUGUCCCCAUCUGAAGUUCCAGGAGGUGGCGUUAUUGAAAAAGAGUCCCCUGACUCACCAUUUGAAGUAACUACUGACAAAGCAGCAUUUGACAAAGAAUUUAAAGAUACGUAUAAGGAGAGCACAAAUGACUUUGAUAGCUGGGCAGUGCACAAUGAUGGAGAAUCAGCUGUAGACAUUUCAGAGUCUAAUGACAAACUAUUUCCACUGAGAAAUAAAGAGGCUGGGCAUUUCCCAAACUCUGCAUUGCUCACUAGACAGUUUUCACAUACAACUGCAGCACUGGAAGAGGUGUCUAGAUGUGUGAAUGAUAUGCAUAACUUUACUAAUGAAAUACUGACUUGGGAUUUGGUUCCCCAAGUGAAACAGCAGAGAAGUAAAUCUAACUACAUCACAAAAACUACAGGACUUGAUAUGAGUGAAUGUAAAUCAGAAAUUUCAGGUGUGAACCUUAAAACUAACACUCAUCAGAAAAUUCCUGUAUGUUCUACUAAUGGAAGCAUUCCCAUCAUUAAAUCAACAGGUGAUUGGGCAGAAGCAUCUCUCCCACAAGCAAAUGUUGUCAUUGAAAAACCUAUACCAAACUGUCUUGAUUCCAAAAAGGAAGUCAGUGUCAAAGGUGUGCAAGGUAAUGGGCAGAAACAGGAUGAUGCAAUUUCAGAGUUACCUGGAUCUCUGUUUGAGAAAUGUGCCUCUUUGGGUUCUGGAGUGGCUGCAGUGAAAGUGGUUUUACCUGAUGGUCACCUGAAAGGUGAAAUGAACUGGCAGAGCUCUGUGUUGGGAGAAGUGACAGAGGCUGAUAGUUCUAGUGAGUCUGAUGACACAGUAAUUGAGGACAUCACAGCAGAUACUUCAUUUGAAAGUAACAAAAUUCAGGCUGAAAAGCAUGUUUUCAUUCCAAGUGCUGCUGUAAAAAGAAAUGAAAGAGAAGUCAAAGAUACUCUCAAUUGUAAUAGGGAAAACAAAACAUCUGAAAACUUCAAAGGGUCGGUCAGUGACUCUGAGCCACAACAAGUUCAGCCUGAUAUCCUUGAAAGGAGUCCAGCUGGUGAGGUAGCAUGUCCACAAGUCCCUGACAGGAAUGUCAUGUCAGAAGAUGGGAAGCAGUCAGACAGUAUGAGUGAAGUCGCUCCUAAAAAGCCUGCUACAACUGAGAACCCAAAACUUCCUUCAGCAGCAUCUUCAAAUAUUUUUAAUGAUACAGAAAUUUCACUAAAUGUGACAACCCCUACCUAUUUAGAGUCAUCACAUGAAAAAAAUGUUGAAGAUACAGAUGAUUGUUCCCCAGAGGGUCUGAUAGCAACCUUUAUUGAAACCAGAGAAAAAGCAAUAAUAGAUAAAGGUGAAGGGAGUGCCUUUGAAGCAAUGUCAGAGAAGACUAAAUACUUCAAAACGUUUUCUAUAGAAGUCUUACAUGAAAGUGAGUCAGGUGGUUCUAAAAUUAAAGACAUAAAAAGCAAAUAUACUGAACAAAGCAAGGAAACAAAUGGAAGUGAGCGUCUGGAUGUUUUCCCUACUCAAGGUACUCCAGUAGCAUCUCUUGACUUAGAACAGGAACAGCUCACAAUCAAGGCCCUUAAAGAAUUGAGUGAAAGGAAGAUUGAGAAGUCAGCUUCUGCACAGGAUAAAGUAGAAUCUCCAUCUGAAGAAAUACUGAAGCUGACUUUAACAUUUGCUCCAGAACCUUCUUGGCCACAGAGAUCAUAUGAUGUCCUAGAACACACAGAUGUCAAGACUGGAUCUAGUCUGGGGAUUUGCAAGAAGCCCACUGUUACCAAAGAAAGUACUAGAGUAGAUAUUAUUUCCAGCCUUAGCAAGACUGAACUGGUAAACAAACAUGUCCUAGCAAGACUUCUAACAGACUUCUCAGUACACGAUCUGAUUUUCUGGCGAGAUGUGAAGAAAACUGGGUUUGUCUUUGGCACCACACUGGUCAUGCUGCUUUCCCUGGCAGCUUUCAGUGUCAUCAGUGUGAUUUCUUACCUCAUCCUGGCUCUUCUCUCUGUCACCAUCAGCUUCAGGGUCUACAAGUCUGUCAUCCAAGCUGUACAGAAGUCAGAAGAAGGCCAUCCAUUCAAAGCCUACCUGGAUGUAGACAUUGCUCUGUCCUCGGAAGCUUUCCAUAAUUACAUGAAUGCAGCCAUGGUGCAUAUCAACAGGGCCCUGAAACUCAUCAUUCGUCUCUUUCUGGUGGAAGAUCUGGUUGAUUCUUUGAAGCUGGCUGUCUUCAUGUGGCUGAUGACCUAUGUUGGUGCCGUUUUCAAUGGAAUCACCCUUCUGAUUCUUGCUGAACUGCUCGUUUUCAGUGUUCCAAUUGUCUAUGAGAAAUACAAGACGCAGAUUGAUCACUAUGUUGGCAUCGCCCGAGAUCAGACUAAGUCGAUUAUUGAAAAGAUCCAAGCAAAACUCCCUGGAAUUGCCAAAAAAAAGGCAGAAUAAGUACAUGGAAACCAGGAACACAACAGUUACUAAAACACCAUUUAAUAGUUAAAGCAUCGUUACUUGUACUAUGAAGGAACAUGCUCGGUGUCAGCUUGAGCCUGCAUUCCAAGCUUUUUUUUUUAAUUUGGUGUUUUCUCCCCUCCUUUCCCUUUACCCUCAAUAUCAAGCACAAGAAUUGGACUAAAAAAAGAAUUGAUAUCUUAGAACCCAAAGGAAUAAGGAAAGAGCCAAAUUAAUAGGAUAAAUCAAUACCUUCAUGGUGAUGGAGCCUUUAGCUAUAGCUUGAAAGGGUAAGGGAGAAAAUGAAAGAUACACAUUUUGAGUUGUUCUGUUCAAAAUGAAAGAGAACACAUCUCUUGGGAUUUUCUAUCCAAUUUUCAAGGACUACUUUUACAGUUUCCCAUCAUAGUUUUGCCCUUAUUUUUAAGUUAAGAAAUAAUGAUUAACUUAUGAAGAAAUUAUCUGGGGACAAGAGUGGGACUCCUUCCCAUGGGUUUUUUUGGCAACCCUUGAUCCCAUCUUCCUGCCCAAAAAUGUGAGCAGCUCCUGCUAAUAUUCCUCUUCUUUGCUUCAGGAUAUAAUUUUCAGCUCUAUGAAUAACUCAUAGGUGGUAGUGGUAAUUCCCAAUUCCCAGAUGCCGACUGGUAACCAAGAAUGAAAGUGGGCAGUGGGCCUGGAGAGGGAUCGGCGGCAGCAGUGCUGCGGCCCCACCGCGUCUCCCACGCACCACGAGGAGAGGAAAGGCCCCGCCGUUGGGGGAAGCGCUGCCAUGUGCUCUGGACACUAGUUCUGAGCUUUAGUUUGGGGACUCAUUCCUGAAUUUGCUUUCCUCCCUCUUCCCUACCCACCUCACCUCAAGUUUAAUAAGAAUGAUCAUUCUCUUCUAUUAUGAAAUAAAUGUCUGUAACUGCUGUA